CCCCUUUUUACAGAUCUUUUUUUUUAUUAUGCCAUGGCUAACUUUGAUGAGAAAAGUGGUGUGGUUCCAUGUCUAACUCCUUGGGGUUGUUGGUAUCAGACCAUGGAUGAAGUAAUGGUUGAGAUCAAUGUACCAGACGGAACAACAUCAAAGGCAAUCAAGGCUACCUUUGGAGUCAAUACUUUAACCUGUUCAGUCCCAGGUGUUGAUAUCAAGGGAGAGUUGUAUAGUAGAGUAGUUGCUGAUGAGUGCUUAUGGAGUCUAGAGGACAGGAAACUUGUAAGAUUGGUUCUUAUCAAGUCAAAUCGUCAAGCAGAUAACUGUUGGAAGUCACUUCUCAAAGGGCAGUACGAGGCUGACCCUUUGACUUUUGACCGAAUGGAGAAGAAGCUUACGUUACAGAGGUUUCAAUAUGAGCAACCAGGGUUCGAUUUCAGCAAUGCAGAUAUAACAGGCAAUUAUACAGGAGGGGGGCCCCAGCUACCCGGGAACUAGAUAGCUUCACAAUUAGUCAGUAUGUUGAUCAGUUCCCGUGAGAGUCAUCUGAAGGCAAUUGAGACAUAAAUGAGUCAUCUCUCUACUCUUGUCAAUGGAGCAACACAUCAAUCUAUCUUUGAACUUUAAUACAACGAAGGGAUGUAUUUUAGGACACAAGAUACUGUCAUAGGUAAAUGGUGUGGCUGUGAUAUCAAGAGAACCUAUGGUGAUGGGUAGAAGAUCAUUGCACUGGAUCUAUUCUUGAGUGUAAUUCCCUCUGCAUCAGAGUCAGACUGCCCUCUCUAUUCAUGAAUCUUCAACAUAUAGACUUGUUCUAUUAAAGACAGGUGCUUAAGCGAACAGCAUGGAUGGAUAGUCCCAAGUGAGAUCAUACUCCAUUUUACUGAAGACCAAUUUACUGCAGAUAUGUGACAGGAAACGGGUCUAUCAAUUAAAGGUGGUGUGAAAUUCUGAUGAAAUGGAGAUGAGCCGUCUUUUUUAUCUUUCUUUAGUGACAUUGGAGCACAUCGAUGGAGAAUGGGUCCAUAGCCCUUACAUUAUGCUGGCAUGAUGUGCUGUAUCGAGUGUCAUUUGAUGGGUCACCCCACAUUUUUUUUCCUUCAAUAAUUGCUCCCAUCUUCAUUUCCCUGAAGAAACAGAGUUAGCAUUUAGGUUGUAAUCAGGUUAUGAAUAAUAUACCUGUAUUAGGACUAGUGUGAGGGUUAAGCUUUGUGGUCAUUAUUCAUUUUAGGUCCAAGGGAAUAUUGUGAGAAUAUUAGCAUAGAUAUCAUAACAACUCUAUCAAAGAAAGGCCCCCCAGACUAAAAGUUGAUUAUACCAUCCCAGAUUCCAACUAUUGAUUUUUUUUGUUUCCAUAGAGCCGUAGUUUAUACUUUUUAAAGUGCUCUGCAUGGUGUAUCUUCGCAAUUAUUUUAUUUGCAAAUAAUUUUAAUUGAUAUGCCAUCCUUUGAAUGUAUCACAGUUUAUUUUAUUUUUUGUUUAUUCAUUUUUUUUUGCUAAUUAGAGUGUGACGUAUUUGGAUAGAUAAGUCAUUUUGAGAUUGGACAUGAAUUGUCUCAGUUAUUUAUUCACUAAAAUAAUUAUUAUGGUGCCAUAUUAGUUAUUAAUUUUUUUUAUAGCAAUUCACAAAGUGAUUUGUUGGCUAUUUUCUUUGCUAAUUGUGGAAAUUUACUGAAAUGCUAUGCGAUUAGUGAUUCUCACAGACAAGGUACUUCAUAAAAAUGUUUCCAUGUUAGGUAAGAAUCAAUGUGCCAAAUUGUAAUUUUUAAGAUAUCAUCUUGAAAUAGUUUUGAAACCAUGAAAUGUCUGUUUUAAGUCAUGUGAGAUAUGAUAAUGUAUUCAAAGUUUUAGUUUUUUAUUGUUGUUAAUCCUAAUCCUUUAUGUAUUUCUUGUCAAUAUGAUUGGCCUGUUGCAGAAAUAGUUGUUUAAAAUGUGAAUGAAAAAAAAUCAAGUGCAUAUCCAAAAAUAUGAAAUUAUGAUUCUGAAUAUGAAGUCUCGUUUAAUUUUAGUAGCAUUUGAUUGCAAAUUUUUGUACAACAGGCCUUAUAUCAGGCUCAAUAUAUCCCAAACUGACUGUAUUGUGGCCUGUAGUAGAAAGAUUUGCAAUCAAAUGCAAGACUAAAAAUCAAUCGCAAUUUAAUUUUCAACCAAUCAAAAGCCAUCAUUCGGGACUUAUUUUAGUUUCAUUUUAAACAUAACUUUUUCUACAACAUGCCACUUGAGUAUUGUUUUCAAGCUACACAGUAUCUUUGUGGAUUGGCUUUGAGAAAACCUAAACACUACAAUUAGUUUCAAGUAUCAAUUGACAUACACAUAUUGAUUAGUUCUGUGUUGAUUCCAGGUAUGAAAUACCUAUAAAACAACAUGAAAUACAUUUUAUUGUUCAUUCCAUUUUUCAUUAAAGGAAAAGAAAACCCAAAGGUAACCUGAGGCACAUGGAUAAAAAAAAACUAUGGAUAUGAUUUUGUUCAAGAUUCUCAAGAAAAAAAAUUUUUUGAGAAUUCCUGAUGCGUUUAAUCCAUUAAUUCCAGCGUAUCUUUGGUGUUGGUAAAUGCACCUAAAGUGCAUGUCACUAAUCCAGUUCAUAACUAGAUUAAACGAAUGCAUGUGCCCCAAAACAUUUAUGGUGUGAAGGAUAUUUACAGAAAAUGGGUUUUAAUGAAUAAAUUAACAAAAUUAUUAAUCAGGUGCCCAGUCAAUAUAAAAUAUCUGCAUAUUUUAAAAAUCCUCACUUGGGGAGGGAAUGGGCUGACAAUUUAGGGAUGUAAUCUGUCAUUAGUUUUCAAAUUCCAAUUAUGAAAUCUGUAAAAUUAAGUGCUAAAAGGCCUAUUUGAAAUUAAAAUUGAAACAUAGAGAAAGAUGAACUAGAUGCCCAAUUGAUAUUCUAACAGCUGACAAAAUUGCCAAUUUUGAAUGGCGGAAAACACAAUGACAAAGUACUAUGGAAUGUUAAGAUGAUACUAAUACUAACCCUGUACCACAGCUAUUAAUGUUCUUUAACAUACAACAUAUUUUUGAGCUGUUUUAGAAUGUCUGAACUGGAUUGUGAUGUUGAUUAUGGUAGUACUUUGAAAGAGCCUUUCACUAUACACUUUUUUACUUCAUGAUGGCAUUCAAGAUCAUGCAAACAAUGCAGAUGUGUUGAAGUUUAAUUGUGCAUUUGAAAUAUGUAGAUAUCUAUAUAUUAAAAUGUUUUUAUAGUAUA